AUGCCGCUCUGUCUUCAGCUGCUAGAAACAGUGGCAGAGAAUAUCGUGGCUGUUGUUGGAUCGAACUAUUUCACGCAGGAGGAUAACUUGACGCAAUACUCGCAGCUAACGCAGAAUGAACAGUCAUCAGAGGAUUCGCUACAGUUGCUGGAGAUUUACUACCUAUUCGCAAGAAACACCGCAAUUGGAUACCCUUCGCAACCAUUGUGCAAGCUGUUGCAAUGGCUCGUCCAGAGUGUUUCAUGUUUGGCGGUGCGAAGUGGCUGCGAAGUUGACAAAGGACUCAAGCUGCAGCUUCUCGUGUUGUCAGAGUUGAUCAAAAUAAGUGCUGGUGUUAAAAUAUAUCUCAAAGAAUUGAAAACGAUCAAGAAAUUGUAUCGUUCGUUGACAAUUUUACUCAACAGCACAGAAAAUCCAGAGCUAUUAGUAUUCAGCAUGACGAUCCUUGCGCGUCUCGUGCUAUUAGAUUCGAUGGGAAGCAAACUUUUUAGCGAGAAGAACGUAAAACAGGCAUUCGAAUUGAUAUUUUCUGUGUUGGAUGGAAGUUGGCGUACAGACGCAAAUGAGAGUAUGUCGAUGUCCAAUACAAUUCUGGAUCGACCCUCCAUGUUGCCGAUAGUUAGUAUCGACUUACUUUGUGAUCUUGGCAUACGUGAAGAUAUUCUGGAAUUGCUCAAGCAGAAUCAAAAGACAUUGGUAGUUGUCGAUAACUGCUUGAUGUCAAUCAAUAUAAACGGUGAUACCGAAGAGAUUUUGAUCGCUGACCAUUUUCUCGCUUCGGUCGUCCGGCUCAACCAUGUUUUUCAGACGAUUGUGGCAAAGAGCUUAUUUGAUUUGGACAUUCUCUACCGUGUUCUUCAAACAACCCUUCACCCAUCCAAGCUGGUGUCAACGAUGACUGCUAAACUAAUUAUAAAAGUGAUAGGCGACGACGUCUUGUCUUUUCGAACUUUGUUUGAGUCUCUUGCCACUACAGAACGGCUGAACCCUAUUGUUGGUGGAAUGGCGCGGUGCAUCGCCGAUGCUACAGCAGUAGUGCAAAAUUCUGGAAACCUCGAGGUUUUAAGCCACUCUGACGACUAUCUCCAAAGUGUGGUUCUGUGUCAUGUUCUGGCCAAACUGAGCUCAUUGCCUGUUAUACGCUCACUGUGUGCUGAUAAGAUCAGCCUUAAUCAGAGUGCGACACUAAUUCAAGCUGAGUCUGCUCUCACUGGCUCCGUAGAUCCUCAAAUUCUGAUAUGCUUUCAGCCUCAAUUGUCUAUACAUUUGAUGACUCUUCUAUCGAGUUUAGUGUCUGACGAAAAAUUGGAUGAGAAGAUAAAGCGCACCUUGAUUCUAUUUCUGCGGUCAUCUGAAGUUUCGAAGGUGCUCGCUGCUGCAUUAUCUAAUCGUACUGACAAAACUUUUGUCGUGGAAUCUCUUCUGCUGUUGACCCAGUUGCUUACUAUGUCCGAAAAAAAGCAUGUUAAUGCUUUUGAAUUGUCUGAGGAAAUUUUUAACUUAAACCAGCGAGUAGGAGACUCUUACGAGAACUUUCAGUCGACUAUUGCUACAUUACAAGCGAGUGCUGAUGUUAGUGCAAAGAAAAUAGAGAAACUUCAAACUGAAAUGCAACAAAUGCUACAUUUCCAAGAUCAGUUGAAAGCACAGCAAGAUCAGGCCCUGGCAGAACUUGGAGAAAAGUUCAUCGAUCAGAUUCGUCAAAAAGACGACGCGAUGCAGAAAAUACGUGAUGCAUAUGAAGAUAAGCUGCGCGAGAUUACACUUCAAUGCGAGAGCAUGGGUCAGCAUAUGAACAAGCAAACUGAUACUCUUCAGCAGCGUGAAGCACUACUUCAAGAAAGUCGGGCUAAGCGAGGCAUUCUAGAAGAAAAAAAUACUGAUCACAAGCGGAAAAUUCAAGCUUUAGAAAUUCGAAUCGAAGAAAUUGCUCAGACCCAUUCGACCGUGAUGGAAGAGAUGCAGCUUCGAGAAAAAAGAUUGCUGGAGCUUCGUGAGAAAAUCGCCGCCAUUUCAGAAGACUACACAACGCAGCGAGAAGAGCUUGCGUCAGCUCGCGAUGACAAUAGACGACUGGAAAGUGAGCUAAAGGAACAGGAAAUCACAAACGAAAGCACUUACAAGGAACUGGUCUUAUUAUCUAAGGCUUAUAAAGCUCUUGCCGAUGAUAAGAUGAGCAUCGAAAGCGAAGUUGACACGAUAAGAGAUGAGAUGGCUGGUCUGGAGUCGAUGAGCGUUGCACUUCAGUCAAGACUGCAAGGCAAGAAAGAGCUUGCUGAUCAGUUGGCGCAAAAGGUGGAACAACUUGAUGACGCUGUAGCAGAAUACAAAAAUGCGCUGGGAGACGAGCACGAGAAGCGAUGCACAGUUAGUCGGGAGCUUGAUGAACUCAAGAAAGCUCAUCGAAAACUCGAAAGUAUGAUGGUUACGCUUGAAAUUCAAGUGGCUGAGCAGCGGUUGUUAGUCAAUUCGAAGGACGAGUACAUACUGAAGUGCGAAGCGGAUAUUUGUCAUUUGACAGAAGAGGUUGGUAAGCAAGCAAACCUCCAAGCAUUGAUCCACCAGUUGAGCUCUGGAGUCGACAAUGGCUCCAAAGUAAACGACAGCUCGUCAGUUAUUGCACAUGACAAAUGA